AUGCUGGACAUCACCCUUGACAUAAGCUCGCCCGUGCCAGACAUGCGCCACAUGCCGCCACCGGUCGAUACCCUUGGCGGCAGCCACCAGUGGGACAGCAUCGUCGACCUGGCCGACUCCAAGAACGACACCACCAUCGUCUGGUCCCUCAUCCAGGCCGCCGGCCUGGAGAGCGCCCUGGAUGAGUCCAACUUCACCGCCACCGUCUUCCUGCCCACCGACGAGUACCUCUCGGCAGCCGCCGACAGCAUCGACACCGACGAUGUGGUGCUCAUGCCCGGCGAGAUGCCCCUGGGCGCCCAGCCCCCCAGCACCGCCUAG